AUGGCCGAAUCAUUGCCUCCGCCAUAUCUUCUCUACGAGAAUGCAACAUAUGAAUUUUGCUUCGUUUUACCUUCCAAGGUGAAUUCCGCCGGUAUAUGGGAAAAUGCGACUAACCCGGCCGUGAUUUUGAGUUACUCGUUGCCGUUUUUGGAGCUGCAGUUGGUCAUUAUAUUCUUGGUCAAUCUUCUAGUUUAUACCAUCUUGAGGUCUAUUGGUAUCACCUUAUUUGCCUCACAAAUGUUUGCCGGCUUUAUCAUGGUCCCUAUAUUCAAACAAGAACAAAUCAUGAGAAUAUUCCAGUAUCAGAAGUUAGGUAUACAAAUCAUGGACACUGCAUCGUUGUUCGGUUUCACAUUAUUUUUCUUCCUAACAGGAGUGAAAAUGGACAUCAAGUCGGCAUUCAGGACAACAAAGAGAUCCCUAGGGAUCGGCAUCGUAUCCCUUUUAUCUCCCAUCUUGGUCGGUGGAGCUGUUCAAGUAACCCUCAGACAACCUAAUGAACCCGAACACGUAAGAACCGAACGUCUAAUCGGAACACUGAUCGAAGCGUUAACAUCGUUUUCGGUCAUCGCUUGCCUACUAGCCGAGCUCAAGAUCUUAAAUACCGAACUCGGACGACUUGCCCUAUCGUCGGCUGCUGUAGGCGACUUGAGCACCUUGUUUUUAGUCCGCAUAAUUACGUUUUCACGACAUAUUUCCUCAUCCCCAUUCUCGGUUUUAGUACGAGGAGUGAUCACGUGUUGUUUCAUAGCACUCCUUUUCUUUGUGUUUCGUCCAUUGAUGUAUUGGGUAAUUAAAAGAACACCCAAUGGGGAACCGGUCGCGGAAGUGUACAUCACGGCCACCACGAUGGCUGCUGUAGGGUGUGCUGUACUUACACAUUGGACCGAUCAAUCUCCUUUAAUCGGUGCUUUUCUCUUCGGCCUAGCUGUCCCUGACGGUCCGCCGCUAGGGUCGGCAUUGAUAGACAAGUUUGAAUGCUUUACCAAUGGCCUCUUUCUUUCGGUCUACGUGACAUCAUCGACAAUGAGGAUUAGAUUACAGAAAUGGUUGUCGGAUCCGUCCCACGUCAAAUUUUCUGCCAUUUUUGCUAUCGCGACAUUCUUUGCCAAACUAAUACCAUGUUGCAUAGGUUCAUUUUUAAACUUUAUGCCUUUUAGGGACGCCUUGGCUUUUGGUCUCAUUAUGAGUAGCAAAGGCAUUGUCCAGUUGUCCCAUAUCUGUACUUUCAGGGACAAUAAGGUUAUAUCACAAAAAGUUUUUACCGCCAUGAUCUUUUGCAUUUUGGCAAAUGCAACUAUAGUCCCACUCCUGGUGAGGUUCCUUUAUGACUCAAAUUCAAGAAAAUAUGGAUCAUAUGAGCAACGGAACUUAAUGAACUUAAAACCCGAUGCUGAGCUACGGGUUCUAGCAUGUGUUCACACACCUAAUAAUAUCCCAGCUAUGAUCUGUUUGCUUGAUCUCACUUGCUCUACGAAAGAGAAUCCCAAUGCUGUUUAUGUCAUUCACUUGAUCGAGCUAAGGGGUCGUAAUUCACCAUUGUUUAUAGCUCACCACAAUCAAGAAACUAGCACCGCCGCUAGCAGUUUCUUCGAGAACAUCAUUCCGUUCUAUGAGUAUGAGGGGAACAAUUGGGAUUUGGUCACGGUUAAAGCUUUCACGAUAAUUACACCACCGAAGCUCAUGCAUGAUGAUAUUUGCACAAUGGCUCUCGAAAAGCAAACAUCUUUUAUAAUUCUUCCGUUCCAUAGGAAAUGGUCAAUUGAUGGAUCACUUGAAGAAGAAAAUAAUGUGGUAAGGAACUUGAAUUGCAACAUCUUGGACCAAGCACCGUGCUCAGUCGGGAUCCUAAUCGAUCGUGGCAGGAUACAGAAAUGGAUGAAGCCGUCAUCAUCAUCGUCUUUCUCAAUCGGGAUGCUUUUCUUGGGCGGAAAAGACGAUAGAGAGGCUUUAACGCUGGCAAAAAGGAUGGCUCGAGAACCUCGGGUGAAUCUAACCGUGAUCCAUCUCAUUCCGUAUCAAGAUUGUGUGAACGUUGUAUACUGGGACACGGUGUUGGAUACCGAGAUGUUGAAAGAUGUUAAGCAAAAUAUUGGAGUACUUGGUAAUGGUUGUGACAUAAUGUAUUUAGAAGAAGUGUCAAAUUGCGGAGCGCAGACCAUAAAGCUCAUUAGGUCAAUCGCCAACAAUUAUGAUUUAAUGAUCGUCGGUAGACGCUACGGGGUGGAGUCGGUGCUAUUGACGGGUUUAUCAGAAUGGAGUGAAUUUCCUGAACUAGGGGUUGUCGGAGACCUUUUUGCAUCCACGGAUUUAGAUAGUAGGGUAUCUGUAUUAGUUGUGCAACAACAACAAUGUAUAAAUGUAAAUAGACAUUGA